AUGGCAUUCGCUUCCCCAAGUGCUAUCCCGCCCCGAAGAUCAAGCACGGGGCACUCUCAUUCGAAUAGUCUUUCCACUCCUCGCCAACUACUUAAAGCUGUGGAUGAGGCCAACUGGCUGGGCCAAAAGCAACAGCCCACUUCCCCCAACACUCAUCAGCAAGAAGCAACUCCCAGCAUUCAGCACCCACCACCCAGCUCUAGCCUGGACCCGGGACGCUCGCAGGCCCCAUCCUCCAAUAUGCUUGAGAACCUGCCUCUCUCAUCAACCCCCAAUACCAACAUACUUGAGAAGCAGCAUCUCUCAUCAUUGGUGGCCACUGCCCCCUAUGCCCCCCCUCCCCCUCCGGACCCAAACAGGUACCGCAAUGAGGACCUAGACUUCGGUCCUGCGCGUUCAUGGACUGCAGAGAAAGAGGCUGUUGUGCGUGCGCCGUAUGACUAUGUGAUCAGUCAUCCUGGCAAGGACUUCCGAGCCCAGCUUAUCGGCGCCUUCAACAUCUGGCUCCAGGUGCCACAAAAGAGCCUGGAUAUCAUCACCAAAGUCGUUGGCAUGCUGCACGAGUCCUCGCUUUUGGUAGAUGAUGUGCAAGAUAUGUCGGAGCUGCGCCGCGGGUUUCCCGUAGCCCACAACAUCUUCGGCGUGGCACAGACCAUCAACUCGGCAAACUACAUCUACUUCUCGGCACUUGUGGAACUACAGAAGCUGGGCAACCCCAAAGCCGUCGAUAUCUUUGCCGAGGAGCUGGUGAAUCUGCACCGCGGCCAAGGCAUGGAUCUCUACUGGCGCGACACCCUUACCUGCCCUACAGAGGAUGACUACCUCGAGAUGGUUGGGAACAAGACUGGUGGUCUAUUCCGUCUGGGCAUCAAGCUUAUGCAGGCCGAAUCCGACGUGGACAUGGACUGCGUCCCGCUUGCGAACCUGGUCGGACUCAUCUUCCAAAUUCGCGACGACUACAUGAACUUGCAUUCACAGGAGUACAGUGACAACAAGGGUAUGUGCGAAGACUUGACAGAGGGUAAAUUUUCCUUCCCAAUCAUCCACAGUAUCCGAACCAACCCAGUAAACCGCCAACUCGUCAACAUUCUUAAGCAGAAAACUACCAACAUAGACAUCAAGAAGUACGCCGUGACCUACAUGGAGAGCACUGGGAGCUUCCAGUACACGCGCGAUGUCCUGGCUAUUCUGCUCGAGCGAGCGGAAAAGACUGCAGUGGCUAUUGAUGACGGGCGUGAGAAGCUGCAUGGAGUCCGAAAGAUAUUGGCCAAGAUGGCCGUUCCUAAUCCGACCUCCUCAUAA